CGGUUUUGGAAAGGAGUCUGGUUAAUCACCGGGGUUGUGAAUGUUUGACAGAAGGAUCAAACAACGCCAUCCUGGUGACUAUGUUAUGUUUCAACAACUUACAAAGUUUGAGAUAUUUGUAAACCGAUUUGGGGACAGAUCAGGUGUUGGUUCUGACUGCACAGUGCCCCUAAGGACAUAGUGAAUAUAUGGAUAGUUAACUUAUGUUAAAGUCACUCUGGUUGAAGAUGAGUCAUGUUCAUCAUAUAGGAUUUUAUAACUUAAGUGUGAGGACAUUUAAGAGGCAUUAAUAAAACAGGUCAUUGGAUAUUGCCUUGCGGACCCAGGAUUAAGUACAGAAACUAUUAAUUUGGUACCCAGCUUUGAUAACCAAGGAUAUUGGUACCUCUAGCUUUCCACUAUCGGUACCCAUCCCUCUGUAGUGACCAAUGGAGGAUCACCUGCACAGAAGGGACCACACUGGGGUCCAGGACUUUGUGCUGCUUGAGGAUUACAGGAACCCAGAUGCCUUUCUGGAAAACCUGAAGAAACGGUUCCAUGAAGAUCUGAUAUAUACAUACAUAGGGCCAGUCCUCGUGUCAGUGAACCCAUACCAUGAACUGGACAUCUACAACCCUGAGAUCAUACACAGCUACAAGAAUGUCAACUUUUACGAGCUACCUCCGCAUGUGUUUGCCAUAGCGGAUGCGUCCUAUCGGAGCAUGCGUGGUGAGAAUCGUGACCAGUGUAUCCUGAUAUCUGGGGAGAGUGGCGCUGGCAAGACUGAGGCUUCAAAGAAGGUUUUGUUGUAUAUUGCGGCCAGCAGCACACACUCUAGCGAUGUUGAACGCGUCAAGGACAGGCUGCUGGAGUCUAACCCCCUAUUGGAGGCUUUUGGAAACGCCAAGACUACCAGGAAUGACAACUCCAGCAGGUUUGGGAAAUACAUGGACAUCCAGUUUGACUACAAGGGAGCGCCUGUGGGAGGUCACAUCCUGAACUACCUGCUAGAGAAGUCACGAGUGGUACAUCAGGCCCCAGGGGAGAGGAACUUCCAUGCAUUUUACCAGCUCCUGAAUGGCGCCUCGCCCAUUACCCUUAAACAGCUUAGCCUCACCGCUGAGCCUGACGCAUACUUCUAUCUCAACCAGGGUGAGAGUAGCAGCCUUCAGACAAUGGAUGACCAGGCCAAUUGGAGGGCUGUACAACACAGUCUGGAUGUCCUAGACUUCUCACAGCAACAACAGAAGGCACUGUUUGCCAUAGUAGCUUCUGUGUUACACCUGGGCAAUGUGAAGUUUGAGGCUGAUGGCAAGGACAUGGCACACAUCUCCAACCCCAAUCUGGUUGCCACGGUAGCAGAGUUGCUUGGAUGUCAGGAAGAUAAGCUACUGUUGGCACUUCAGAACAAAACUAUAGAGGCAAACAAUGAAAAGCUGAGAUCCCCGUUAACUGUGGACCAGGCCCUGUAUGCACGAGAUGCUCUCGCUAAGGGGAUUUAUGACCGCCUCUUUACCUGGAUAGUCCACAAGAUCAACUCCUCACUCUCCAACAGGUGUAAAAUCAAAUGCAGUCUGAUGGGAUUGCUUGAUAUCUAUGGCUUUGAAAUAUUUCAAGUCAACUGCUUUGAGCAGUUUUGCAUCAACUACUGCAAUGAGAAACUGCAGCAGCUCUUCAUCGAGCUCACACUGAAGUCUGAACAGGAAGAGUACCAAAGGGAGGGAAUCCAGUGGGAGCCAGUGGAAUACUUCAACAACAAAAUCAUCUGUGACCUCAUUGAAGCAAAACCAAUAGGCAUCAUGUCAGUCCUGGAUGAGGAGUGUUUAAGACCAGGGGACACAACUGAUGCCACAUUCCUGUCAAAACUAGGGGAGACAAUUGGGAAACAUCCGCACUUCAUAUCACACAGUGUGGCAGACAAUGCUACCAGGAAAACCAUCGCUAGAGAUGAAUUCCGUAUGCUGCAUUAUGCUGGAGACGUGACAUACAACAUCAAGGGGUUCCUCGAUAAAAACAAUGACCUGCUCUUUAGAGAUCUUAAAGAAGCCAUGGUGGAGACCACUAAUGCCAUAACCAGCCAGUGUUUCACCAAGGCUGAGCUUAUCAGUAAGAAGAGACCAGAAACUGCAGCCACCCAGUUCAAGACAAGUCUAGCUCAGCUGAUGGACAUCCUUAUGUCCAAGGAGCCAUCGUAUGUGCGAUGUAUCAAGCCAAACGACUACAAGCGUGCGGGCCAGUUUGACGAGAAAAUUGUCCUUCACCAGGUCAAGUACCUGGGGUUGAUGGAGAACCUUAGAGUACGCCGGGCAGGGUUUGCCUACAGGAGGCCGUAUGAGGUCUUCCUAAAAAGGUACAAGUCCCUGUGCCCCGCCACCUGGCCCAGCUACCGGGGACACCCAAAAGAUGGAGUGCAGGCCCUGGUGUCCCAUCUCAAGUAUGGAGAGGAUGACUACAGGCUUGGAAAGACAAAGAUUUUUAUCCGGUUUCCAAGAGUUCUGUUUGCAACAGAGGAUGCCUUCCAAAGGCGAAAACAUGAGCUAGCCACCCAGAUCCAGUCCAAGUACAGAUGCUUUCACCAGAGGAAGGUCUUCCUUCGAAUGAAAAUAUCAGCCAUUUUAAUCCAGUGUCAUUGGCGACGAGUCAUUGCACAACGAUUGCUGGAACGAAGGAGGAAGGCAGCACUGGUUAUACGCAAAUUUGUGAAAGGUUUCCGGUACCGUAAUGAGCCGGAGUGUGAAGAGAACAGGGAGUUUGUGAAGUUCACUAAGAUGAACUGGCUAAAGCGCCUCGCCCAGGCGGCGCCACAGUCAGUGUUAGACAAGACCUGGAUACCGGCACCCAGGCUGCUGGCAGAGACAUCUGGUCAUCUGCAGAAACUUUGUACUAGAAAUCUAGUCCUCAAAUAUGUGAAGAAAAUUACACCAACCAUGAAAUCCCAGAUGAAGCAGAAGGUAGUUGCGGAACGGCUGUUCAAGGGCAAGAAGGAUGUCUACCCUCACAGUGUCAAGGACCACUUUGUAGAUUCCAGACUUGCUCCACAUCAUGCCACUUUGAAGGACAAGCUACAAAAACUGACAAAUGAAAAUAUCAAGUACUGCACAUACGUGACGAAGUAUGAUCGCCAUGGCUACAAGUCUCGUAAGCGUGUUCUGUUCCUGGCAGUGACAACCCUGUUUGUUGUGGACGAGAAAGAUUGUAAGGUGAAGGACAGGGUUCCUUACAGCAGCAUUAAAGGUGUCCAUACAAGUAACCUGAUGGAUGGCGUGUUUGUCAUUGUGGUGGCUGCCUCAGAGGAGAAUGGAGCAUGCAAGGGUGACAUUAUUCUACAAAGUGACCAUGUGAUUGAGACACUAACUAAACUUGUGAUGAUAUCCAACAAUGAAAGUGUUCUACAAAUUGCGGCCAGUGGAGUAAUCAAUCAUGACCUUGCGGGUGGAAAGCAGGGUCAGAUUGAGUUUUCCAAGGGAGACAAUUACCUGGUGAAGAAGGGGAAAGGGGGACAACUGCUAGUAGUAGAUGGCUCCAAUGAACUACGGCUGACCAAUUCUGACCUUGACCUUGGAGCAGAAAGGACGAGUUAAAUGUGCUGACCUUGACAUUAGAAUUUCAAGAAAAGACAAGUUAAAUAUGCUCCCACGCAGGGAUGCUGUUUGAUCUUGCCAUAACUUUUGUUAGCCCAGCUAGUAUAAGAAAAUGUAUUUGCUUGUAAUUUUUUUUUUUAAUAAUUAUGGUGUUGUCAUUAUACCAUGAGUCAGUUUUGAAUAGCAUUAGCUGAUGGAAUUCACAUUGGCCAGAAUGGUGUACACAUGUAGAAGGAUAUCAUACAAUUGUUGAAGAAAUUAAAGAAAUGGUGCUGUUGACUGUUUAUAUAAUUAUACCAUGACUCGUCUAUGUGAUUUCAUAUUUACAUUUUUUUUGAGAUGCCACGUAACAGUGCCAUGAAUUUUGUGAGCUUAGCUCAUGUCAUUGAUAUUAGUGGUAGAACUACCUACAUUUGUGUAUGAAAGAUGUACAGAGCGGUUGUAUAUGAUCCAACUCAUUCUUUACUAGCUAUUGUUUUCCGAUAUCACCGCUCCUGAAAUCGAAAAAUAGGGUUGGUUGGUCAGGAUUAUUUUGAGGAAUAAAAUGGGGUAAGGUAUAUAAAAAUAGGGUGGGGUAAAAAAAAUGGCUGGUGGGGAAACUGGAAACAAUUUUGUGUUUGUUAUGUAUACAAGGCAAUCUCAGAACUAUUAUGAGACAAUGUGUUAAACAUUUGACAGACUUUUAUAGUGCAUUAAAGGGACUUGUUCAGGUUUAAUAGGGACAGACAUUGCUUGCUUGUGUCUGGGACCAAUAAUCUUACUCUCUGCUUGUGUGGAAUGUGAACAAAGUGCUGGUUUCAAUUAAUAUCAACAGUUCAUAUUAGAGCUCUAUUUAUCAUAAUUACUAAUGGGUGUGACAGAAAAUGCUCUAUUAAGCCAAAAGAAGUUGGUAUUACUCUUAUAAAUUGAAUUAUAUUAGGCUUGGAUUCACACAUUUCUUCUCAAAUGUUCAUAUAAGAAAGUAAAAUUAAUCAAUUUUAAUAAAGUUAAAAAAAACCUGUGAGUUGGACCCUUUAAAGACAGUUUGACUAAAAGUAUGUAGUUCUCCAUGUAUACCUACAUGUACAUGUUAAUGGUAACAUAACAAGUAGUAACUAAGAUAUUAUGAAAGUUAUUUGUUUAAUCCACAAUGUAUUGUGUUGCUUAUUAUGUUACAUGUACAUUGUACAUGUAUGUUUGUUAUGAUAUAUUUUUCUAAACUAGAGUGCAUACGCCUGUAUAUUUGUGAUAUUUUACAAUAGUUAACCAAAUUGAUUUUGGACCAGGUAGCCUUUCCAUAUUUUUACAUUGUUAGUCAUUUAGCUGUACCAGAAUUUAUAUUUGUCGUUUUUCAUCUUUUUACAUGACUUUUGUAUAAAAAUCUAGAUAAUGUUCUGGAAAAUUGUUUGCCAGUGCCUAAAAUAUUUUUUUAUUAGAUAUUAAUUGUUUGUGUCUUAUAAUGUGGGAACUUAAUAUCUUGCAUUUUGAAAUAUUUUGGAUAACAAAUAAACGCCUAAGUAGCUGAACAUUUAACAGAUCCUAGAUCGGAUUCUACCAUCAGGCGCGUAGCUAGGGCCAAUUUGGGAUAACCAGAUCGAUGACGGACAGCAUAUUAACCCCUCCACCCCCUAUCCCCAUUCGGUUUUUAUUUCAAAUUCAGGGGUUUUCGUAUUACAAAAACUUUGACCUGUCAAAAUUUUAUUAUGCAACUGCGUAUUUGCGUACAGUCAGCUACGCGCCUGACCAUUAUCUGUUUUUGCAUCAUGUUUGCGUAAUUUUUUUGUGUAUCUUUUUUGCAACCAUUACCGUAAUAUGAUUGAGAACAUAUAUGGAAUAUUUUUCCAUGUGUAAAUUUAUGUUGUUUGUAUUGGUGUAUUUGUAAAUAUUUUAUUCAGUGCAAUUUUCAAUCCAUUUGGACUUACAAACAUGAACAUGUACUGUGUAUGCUAUCAAUUCAUAGAAUAAACAUUUUAUUGUUA